UUAAUACUACCCUAGUAGUCUGUACUUUAUCUCACAAUUCAAAUGGACUUUAAUCUUUGUUCUACGGGUAUGCAUAAGUAUCAGGGAAAGCCAUGGGGUUAAUAGAGGAUAAAUAUAAGUAAAAAUAUAGAAAUAGGAAGAAAAAAUAAAAAGGGGAGGGGUUGGGAUGAUGGGACGUCACAAUAGACUGCUUAAAAAAAACUCGAGGUUAAAAUAUUUGUGAAAAUAGAUGUCGUUUUAGGGUGCGGUCGACUUGCCGCUACGAAUACUUUGAAGCAUUCUUUAAUUGAUUAAUUUAUAAAAUUUAUUCUUUUGAUUGGUUAGGCGGCGUCUACAAUGGGAUCUUAAAACGUAAGAUUUAAGAAAUUGACCAAUCACAGUCGACGAUCAGCUGUUGUUGUCGGCGAGAAUCAUCCCGCGUGGAUGAUCCUCCGCGUCGGCGGUUUCCCCCUCACUACGGGGUCCCCGUGUGCGGUCAGGAUCGGUAGCUCAGUGCGCGUACCGGGAUCCGGAUAACGAGCGGGGCGGUGGUCUGCCACUCACUAUGUGGCGCGAGGAAGCGCUCAGUGCGCGCUGACAAGGAGAACCGGGUGUGAGGUUAAGUUCGGCACUCAGUGCGUGCUCUGGAGGCUUAGCUCAAUUCGCUAAGAGGAUCGGUCGGCUCAGUUCGCUAGACCGAGGAGAUCUGCUCUCUUAUCACCAGCGGAGGGCUUUUAUAGCCCCCGUUUGAUGACAAGAGGAGCGGAGAUGUGCGGGGAGACGAGAUAAUCGGAGGGGACUACACGAGAUGUAAUAAGAUUUAUCUUACGUUUAUGUUAUGAAGAAAAUUAAAUUAAUUCAAAAUAUAUUUUAAAAAAUUUAAUUUAAUUGGGAAGAAAAAAGAAGGAAAGAAGGAAAGGAAAAAUAUAAUUUUAAUAAAAUAAAAGUCACAAAUUGACGCCAUGUUUUGUCGAGACCAAUCAAGACAAUAAUCGAGAUGGCACGACUCUCUGUAUAUAUAUAGGGACUCUAUUUUUAUGAAACCUUUUAAGGUGCAAAUUCAUGGGACGCUGAAAGCCAGCGUUGAGCGUCGUCGCGUGACGUCACUUGACGCUUGCGUCAAGAAAGAGAAGUUGGAUAUUUCCAACUUCAAGCGUCGAAACAGCGCAAGCAGCGUUGAGCCAGUAUAAUACAUGUGCAAUAAUCGCGCGAUAGAAAGGUUUUGGUGUAUUUCAAACAAAUAAACAUGGAAGAUGACUUUAGAAUUGUACACACUUGCGGAAUAUGCGAGGAAAUAUGUGAAGUCGAAAACUUUAAAAGUCAUUCCUGCUUGGAAGGAUACAAUAAUUACAUGAUUGAUGAAAAUACUUUAUAUUUUUAUCCAGUAUUAGAUGAUGGGACUACAAUUAUUAGACGCAGUGAAAUUAAUAAUCAGGAGAAAAUAGUAGCAGAACCAUUUCAACAAGUACGUACGUCAACUACAUUAAAUAAAACUAAAACAAGUAAAAGAACAUCAAAAUUUAAUUUUGACGACGAAGAAACGUUGAUACUCGAGGUACAAAACAGACCUUCACUAUGGAACUAUUCAUUAUCAUUAAGAGAGCGAAACGGAAAACUAAAAAAGCAAUGUUGGGAGGAAAUUGCUCAAAUUUUUAACGGAAAAUUUAGUACAGAAGAAUUAAAAAUCAGAUUUAAAUCACUUCACGACACAUAUAGAAAAAUUAUUCACUCGGAACAUCAGGCAAGUGGAUCUGCUCGACAAGACAUAACGAAAAAGUGGUCUCAUUAUGCAUCCAUGCAAUACCUUCGUGAUUCCUGCUUGUAUAAAACGACUAUGUCUAACAUUGGAAUUAAUGAAAGGAUACAUAAUCCAUCAAGUGCAAAUGAUGACGAAGAAGAAUUAGAAAGUAUUCAAACAGGUAUUGGAAAAGGUUUUUAUACACUGUUAUUAAAACAUAAGGACACCAAUGAAGACUCAACCGAAAGAAGAAAAAAACCGAGAAAAGAGGAAACUACAAAUGCAAUCGAAAGAAUUGCCGAUGCUAUUUGCCAACCUAAUGAUUUUCUUUUACCUUCACCCCCUAUGCCGGAUGAAAUAGAUUCUUUUUUGUCUACUGUAGGACAUCGUUUAAGACGAAUGUCGCCUCGAGUACAAUUAGAUUUAAUGCAAGAGAUAUUUGACAUUACAUAUAGAGCAUUAAUAAGUAAAAAUGCGUAAAAAAUAUAUAUAACUUUUUUAAACGUGCAAAGUAAGAUAAAAAUAUUUUUGUUUUUGUUUUUUAUUAUAAUUAUUUUAUUUUAAAAUUUAUUAGGCAUAUG